AUGACACCUGUCCCCGUCGCCGUUCUCUUCCUCUCCUUGAUCGCCUUCUCCGCCGCAAGACAAACUCCUGACGACGACGUAAUCAAACUCCCCUCGCAAGCUUCUAGAUUCUUCCGUCCCAGCGUCGACGAUUCUUCGUCAUCGGGGACUAGGUGGGCGGUUCUAGUCGCUGGAUCGAGUGGUUACUGGAACUACAGGCAUCAGGCUGAUGUUUGUCAUGCGUAUCAACUUCUGAGGAAAGGUGGAUUAAAAGAGGAGAAUAUUGUUGUUUUCAUGUAUGAUGAUAUUGCAGAGAACGAAGAGAAUCCGAGGAAAGGGAUUAUUAUUAACAGUCCUCAUGGUAGUGAUGUCUAUGAAGGAGUUCCCAAGGUUUCUUUUAUUGCUUUUUUUUAUUGUUGGUAUCUAAAGAUUCUCUCUCAUUUAAUUGUUUUUUUUUUGUGGGGGCAGGAUUACACUGGAGAUGAUGUUACUGUUGAUAAUUUAUUUGCUGUGAUUCUUGGAGAUAAAGCUGCUGUUAAGGGAGGGAGUGGGAAGGUUGUGGAUAGUGGUCCAAAUGAUCAUAUCUUCAUUUUCUACAGUGAUCAUGGUGGUCCUGGAGUUCUAGGUGAGUUUGGUGAAACCAAUAAAGUAGGAGGGUGUAGACGAAGAUAUAUUGAUUGUUCUUCUUUUAUCUUUUUCUUUGCAGGGAUGCCGACUUCACCUUACUUAUAUGCUGAUGAUUUGAAUGCUGUCUUGAAGAAGAAGCAUGCUUCCGGAACCUACAAAAGCUUGGUGUUUUAUCUCGAAGCUUGUGAAUCUGGAAGUAUCUUUGAAGGGCUUCUUGAAGAGGGUUUGAACAUCUACGCCACAACUGCAUCAAACGCAGUAGAAAGCAGUUGGGGUACUUAUUGCCCCGGAGAGGAACCUAGCCCUCCAGCGGAGUAUGAAACCUGCUUAGGUGAUUUAUACAGUGUUGCCUGGAUGGAAGACAGUGGUGUGCACAAUCUACAAACUGAGACUCUACGCCAACAAUAUGAACUUGUGAAAAGGAGGACUGCAGGUGCUGGGUCGAGUUACGGUUCUCAUGUCAUGCAAUAUGGCGAUGUAGAACUUAACAAGGAUAAGCUCGAUCUUUACAUGGGAACAAACCCUGCCAAUGACAAUUUCACCUUUGUGGAAACUAAUUCACUGACACCACCUUCAAGAGUUACAAACCAGCGUGAUGCGGAUCUUGUCCAUUUCUGGGAUAAGUACCGAAAAGCACCAGAAGGUUCCACAAGGAAAACAGAAGCUCAGAAGCAAGUCCUUGAAGCCAUGUCUCACAGACUUCAUGUUGACAACAGUGUGAAACUUGUAGGCAAACUCUUGUUUGGCAUCUCAGAAGGUUCUGAGGUGUUAAACAAAGUACGUUCUGCUGGACAACCACUGGCCGAUGACUGGACUUGCCUUAAAAACAUGGUGAGAGCUUUUGAGAGACACUGUGGAUCGCUGUCACAGUACGGUAUCAAGCACAUGAGGUCCUUUGCAAACAUCUGCAACGAAGGGAUCCAAAUGGAGCAAAUGGAAGAGGCAGCUUCACAGGCUUGCACCUCAAUCCCAUCUGGUCCUUGGAGCUCUCUUCACCGUGGAUUCAGUGCUUAA